AUGCCGUACGGAAGCAGGCGCAACGCCACUGGGCGCAGCGCCGACGAGUCGGAAGAGAUUGAGAAAUCAGAGGGCUUCUGGAAAGAAUUCUUCCUCCUCCGACCUGACCGGUCAUCGCUUCGCCGAAUCCUCGACGACAUAGGGCCAAACGACCUGCUCCAGCUUCACGAACAGACAAGACAACUGUUUGCGCAGACCAUCGCCGCGCUGAAGAACCCUUAUGGCGUUGCAGACCUUCAUGCGCUCGAUACUCUGAGCACCUUCAUGGUCGCGGUGCUGGCCAAGAAGUACACGAAUCCGAGUUCCGACAUCAUCGAGCUUCUCGCAGGCCUGGACCACGUCGAUGCCGUCUUCACUGAGUUUGUUGGCGCACUCGAGUCGCUCAUCCGGAAUGGGAGAAGCAGUGCGCGCGAGUGCUGCCCGAACGGCGUCGGCCAUGUCGGCCAGGAGGAGUCGCGGUCCGUAGGCGGCAACAGGGCAGGGUGUACGUACACGGCAGACCUGCAGCAGCGGGCGGUGGAGGUUGCGCUUGCUGUCACGUCGGGUGCCUAUCAGACCAGCCUGCUCACCUACUUCAUCCAGAGGGACUUGUUCCCGGCCAUAAUAAAUUGCAUUCAGUCCGAAAUCGCGUCGACGGCACCUAGGAUAACAUCGCCAUUCAUGCUCCUCGGUCUACUGGCGAACUACAACAAAUUCGAGUUCCAAAACCCCUACCAGAUGCGGCUCAACGAUUUCGUUAACGAGCGCGUCAUCCGGGGCAUCGUCAGGAGCGUCGGCCAAACGUGCCAGAGGUUACGGAAUCAGUACGUGGACGUGCAGGACGACCUCCCAGAGGGGUGGACGCUUGCAGGCACACUGAACAAGAUCGGGCUAGGCGCCAUUGCCCCGGGGGGAAGGCCCUCGCCAAAGCCUGUCUAUGAUGCUGAGACAGCAAAGAGGAUGUUUGCCGAGCUGCCAGGGCAAGAAGCAGCAGUUCUCCUCGCCACCUACGACUUCACACACGCCAACAAGCUCUUUAGUCUCGAGCUCGUCGCUUGGACCCCGGACAAGGGCGAAGAACAGCCCUUUGCCAGCUUCAUCUCCCUCGCCUCCUACCUCCUCCAACACGCCCACCUCUCGCAACGCACCACGCUCUACUGCCACCUCAACCUCAUGGUUUUCCGCCUCCUUAUCGAGGAUCCUAUCCUCUGUAAACGGAUCUGCAGCGAGGACAGCAAAGUCCCCGUUCGCCUCUGCCGCCAACGGUCUCCUUACCUCCCGCUCGUCCGCGGCGACCGCAUCCUCGCGACCGCCGUCCUGGACACCAUGGUCGACGCCAUCAACCACAACCUCCGCCGCCGCCUCGACGUCGGCCUCUACACGCUCUGCGUCGGCAUCCUCCUGCGCAUCAUCAGCUACAUGUCGCGGUCGCGCACGCGCCUGCAGUACCACUGGGCCGAGCUGUUCCGCUCGCUGCUGUCGCUGAUCCGCUUCCUCACGACAUACGCCGCCGACUUCAAAGCCCUGCCGCACAUCGACACUCUGUUGGACCACGUCGUCAACCUGAUCGCCUUGGGCCUCUCGGCGGGCGAGACCUUCCUCCCCACGCCGGCCGCGUAUGACGAUCUGUUCUACAAGGUUGUCGAGACCGGGGAGGUGCUGGUCAAAUUCAGAGGGACAUACGCCCUAGCCAAUCGGCCGAGCAACUCCAUUGAUACCUUGGUCAAUGUUAGCACGCACUACAAGGAAAUGCUCGCCGAGGGCGGCGGCGGCGGCGGGAAAGGCGAUGGGGGGAAUGCGAAAGGGGGAGCAGGAGGUAGGAAGGCCGGGUCUCAGUUGACCAGCUUGCAGGUGGCCGAGGUCAUCAAGCAGGGGUAUGAGACGCUGAGUAUCCAGGCGAAGGAGGGGCUGGACAGUUGGGAGAAGUACAGAGAGGCCGAUGAGAGGACACUGCUGAAGAAGAUGGCCAGGGCGGCGGUGGCGGAUGUCAGGGCCAUGGUUGCCGAAUAAUGUCGUAGAAUGGUCG